AUGGCGGACCCCAUAACUUUGGUGGAGCAAUUGAGGCUGCUUGUAGAGUCUCCCGAUGCCUUCCAGGCUGAUGAGGCCCAGAAACAGGAACUCCUGAAACUCAGCCGUCAGGCGGCAGCUGCACUGGAGUCACCUUUUGAAACCCUGCAGAGGCUCGUUUACUCCCCAUUGCCCCUUGUCGUCGCGAGGAUAUGUCAAGAUCGCCGCAUCUUCGCCACACUGGCCGCAAAUGAGAGCGUCACAGGGGUCAGCUCUGCCACGCUGAUCACAGCAAGCGCGCUUCAACCCAGCGUCCUUGAUUCCAUCAUGGACUAUGCAUGCGUGCAAGGCAUGGCGGCGGAAGUAUCACAAGGGCAAUACCUUGCGACCAAGCUGACCCACACGCUACUUGUGCCAGUGUUUGUUGACGGUGUGACGCAUUUCCAUGAUAAUUGUCUCCCCGGGUUUACCGCCCUCCACCGCGCCCUGACCGAAGGCGAUGGCAGAUCAAAUGCCUUCAAGCUAGGUCAGAACACCUCGGAAGAUUUCUACACUUGGAUGGACACACACCCUGUCCAACAACGUGCCUUCCACAGCUUCAUGAAGGAGCAAUUCGCCAGCCUGCCGACAUGGCUGGACGUGGUGUCAUUUGCCGCAGAGUUCGCACAAGACUCACAGCCCGACGAUGUUGUAUUCGUUGACGUCGGUGGUGGCAACGGGUCCCAGUGCGCGGCGCUCAAGAGAUCCUUGCCCGAGCUCAGAAGCCGGGUUGUCUUGCAGGAUCACUCCUACGUACUUGAGAAGGCGCUCGAGGUGGAAGGGAUGGAGAAGAUGCCUUAUGACUUUUUCAUGGAGCAGCCCGUCAAAGGCGCUCGUGUCUACUACUUUCGCCAGAUUAUCCACAACUUUGACGAUGUUGCGUGCGUCCGCAUCCUGGAGUCCCAAGUCCCGGCUCUCGGACCAGACAAUGUCAUUGUGAUUGACGAUAAAGUUCUGUCCGACAACAAGCCGCCGGCUGGAACGCCUGGCAUCGAGUACACGGCGGCACUGAACAUCGCAAUGAAGGUGAUGUUUGACGCACAGGAGAGGCGUGAGACUCACUGGCGGAGGUUGUUGGACCAAGCUGGGCUGCGAAUCAAGGACAUAAGGAAAUACACCAGAUUCGAUGAUGCCGUAAUCAUUGCAGCGAGGAAGCUCCAGCUUGGCUGA